AAUCUUCUUUCCCUUCUACGCCGUGAUGAUGGGCUGGCCAUUGGCCAUUGCCUGGGCCAGCAGACGCCGGAAUGGCUAUGUGAUUCCGGAGGAAUCGAGACGACUUGGAUAUGAGUGUAAUUGAUGCCAGACACCCAUAUCAAAGGAAUGCCGUUGCCGUCAUGGUCGAAGUGUAAAGGAGUUUGGGGUCCCGGGUAAACGCAAAUCACUGGUGCCGGGAUUGAAUUUGAGCUUUGUUUGGAAUCGUGGACAUCACCGUCAGCAUCGUCAGAUUCGGUUUGCGUUGUACAUACAAUUGUAUCUUGUCUACACGGGGAGUUUGUUGGAUUACCACGAUUCGUUGGCUCAAUUUCACAGCGGGUCUACUCAAAUCAGAUAUUCCAUCUUCAUCGAGCCGUAAUCGCAACUUCGUCGUCCAGCAGCAACAGCCGACAUGCCUCCACGACCAAUGCCGACGCAUUUCCUUUGUAUACCGCUAUCGAGCCCACAGCUCACGCGCUCGCUUGCCUCCUUCAAGACCGACAUCACGGCGCCCCACAGCUCUGCCGUACCCGAGUCCGCAGUCCGGCCGCCCGGGACUGUGCAUCUCACGCUUGGGGUCAUGACCCUCAAGGAUGAGGUGCUCACCCAAGCCGUCAGCACCCUCAGAGGGCUCAGUCUGAAGGCUGUGCUGGAGGAAGCACGCGCAAACCCCGCGACUGAAGCCGCCGUCGAGCUGGGCUCACCAAUGCCGUCCCUUGAUCAGAAGCUCCAAGUCACUCUCAAGGGUAUCCAACCGUUGCAACCACCCGCACAAUGCAGGGUACUCUACGCUCCACCGAUAGAUCCUUCUGGGCUCUUGCGUCGGUUUUGCGAGUUGGUCCGGGGGAGAUUUGCAUCAUUCAUGUCAGCUGAAGAGCUCGCGAGACCACUGUUGUUGCAUGCUACGGUUGUGAACACCAUAUAUGUCAAGGGGAUCGGCAAAUCAAAGGGACGAACGACGAUUGAUGCACGAGAUAUUGUAGGGCGAUAUGAGGAUGAGGUGUGGAUGGAGGGUAUGGACGUGGAUCGUGUGGCAUUGUGCAGAAUGGGCGCUAAGGCUGUCGAGGGCAGUGACGGCGACAUGGUGUAUGAAGUUGAAGCUGAGGUCCGUGUCGAGGAUUGAGGCUUUGAGCAGGAGUCCAGGACGUUGUGCAGUGUGAACUGUCAUCACAGCAUGUCGUGAUCUGACUACCCUGUGCAGAGUAGUAUCUAACCUCAAACCACGGAGAUGGCGCUGGAUCACCAUUUGCUAAAGAUGGUGCAGCAAUGAUUUAUCAAUGGGAAGAGGAGAAAUCUAUGAGACUAUACUUGUUAGUUUCGUUUGCAUCUGCUCUGCGACAAGCGCUUCCAGACGUGUGAAGUACCUAUUUUACCUUACCUUUAUCCAAACCGUGCA